AUGCUCGAGGCGCUGUUCGCGUCUCCCGAGGUGCUAAGCCUCGUGUCGGCGGCCGUGUUCCUCACGCUGUGCUGGGCCAAGUUGGACAAGGCCCCUGCCGCCAACGCUACUGGCGACAAGGUCAAGCACGCCGUCGUUCUGCCGGGAACUCUGCCCCUGCUCGGCAACGCCAUUGAACUCGCGGCCAAUGCUCCGCGAAUGCACGACUGGCUGGCCGAUCGAUUUGCUGCCACCGACGGCGAGGCGUUCGUGGUGCGUCUCCCCGGGAAAGACGACGUGAUGUGCAUCGCCAAGCCCGAGCACCUCGAAGCUGUGCUCAAGACGCACUUUGACCACUUUCCCAAGAGCACCUACAUCCACGACGUGUUCUACGACUUGCUGGGCCACGGCAUCGUCUUGACGAACGGCGAGACGUGGAAGCGUCAGCGCAACGUCGUUGUCAAGCUGUUCAGUGCUCGAGCGCUACGUGAGCACAUGACUCCGCUCGUGCAGCAGUACACCAAGCAGCUGGUCGGUAUCUUGGCGGACGCGGUAGCGUCCAGCACUCGUCUUGAUGUGUGUGACCUCUUGCACCGCUUCACGUUCGACGUGUUUGGCGAGAUCGGACUGGGUGCCAAGAUGGGCUCCAUGCGCGGAGCUUACCAGCCGUUCGCACGAGCGAUGGACGAGGCGCAGUUUCUCGCCGGGAAGCGCUUCAAGCAGCCCGUGUGGUACUGGAAGCUCCGUCGAUGGCUCAAUGUGGGCGAUGAGCGCAGGCUCAGGGAAGACGUGCGCGUGAUUGAUGAGCACCUGAUGGGCUUCAUUGCAGAUGCCGUUGAGCGUCGCCGCUUGCGCGCAGCGAGGCAGAAGAGAGCAGAGCAGCCAGCCCCUCAUCCCGACAAGGACAUUGUGUCCAUUGUGCUUGACACAAUGGAGUCUACAGGUCUGGCGAUGGACCCGGAGGAAGUGCGCAACAUCGCUUUGGCCUCCAUCAUCGCCGGUCGAGACACGACUGCCGACUGCAUGAGCUGGUUGAUUCACAUGCUGAGCCAGAAUCCUGCGGUCGAGACCAAGCUGCGCAACGAGAUCUUGGCCCAGAUCCCUGAUCUGAGCUCUGACAUGGCCUACACGCCGUCGAGUGAGGACGUCAACCGGGUGCCGUACCUCGAGGCUUGCAUCCGCGAACUCCUCCGGCUGUACCCGUCAGCGCCUUUGAUUACCACGCACUGCGUCAAAGACACUGUGUUCUCAGACGGCACAUUUGUGCCCGCGAAGACGGACAUUGGCAUUGCACUGUUCUCUGCCGGACGUCUUACAAGUGUGUGGGGCGAAGAUGCGCUGGCGUUUCGGCCGGAGCGGUUCCUCGACAGCGACACAGGUGACGUCAUGCCGAUGAGUGCGACCAGGUUUGCUCCGUUCAGCGCCGGUCCUCGUGUCUGCGUCGGCCAAGCUCUGGCCUUCAUUGAGAUGAAGGUCGUGCUUGCGAGUGUCGUCGGUCGCUUCUUCAUGGUCCCUGAGCCUGGUCAGAAGGUCGCCUACACAGAGGGCAUUUCGCUCGGUAUGAUGACCCCUCUCAUGAUGCGACUCGAGUCAGUGAAGCGAUGA